AUGAAAGCGGAAUUGGUGGAGAGCCCGCAGGCUGCAGCUCGCAAGAUUGCGAAGGAGCAGGCAUCUGACAACGAGUCGAAUUUGCCACUUGCGUCCGAAGAUGAUGCCGCGUCUGUUGCUCCUGUCGCCAAUGGUGAUGAGGAAGUGGUGGAUGAGGCUGAUCGAGAUGAAGAUGUUGGUGAGAAUGGUGUGGAUUGCGGCGCUUCUGAUGCCGACAGCUUGCACGCCCCAACUCUUCGCUUGGGCGUCGACACUGAGCCGAUUGAAGUCAACUCGGACUCUCAGGGAAGUGAGCCAGUUUGGCCACAAACUGGAGACAGGGAGGGUUUGAUCCUGAAGUGGCUCGAGGAAAUUGAGAUGUUUUUGAAGGAAGCGGGAAACCUGAAUGAGCAUCCCAUGUACAAAGAGUAUCGCGAGCACUGUGACAAGGCUUUGCGGCUGUAUGGAGAUCACGCUUUCUCCACCCUGGCCUCACAUGAACAUUUCCAUCUUUGGGUGCGGGAACAGAAGAGCCCGCGCUCUCAGAGCUAUUGGCCUGGAGAACGUGGACGAGGAUUGGAACCGGACGCCAGCAGCAAAGCGCCCGAGGCCAAGCGCAUGUCGAAACAGAAGCAGGCCGAUGCGGAGGAAAGCGCGGUGGAAGGAUCCAAGCUCACCAGCUUUGGGCAGUAUGAUCUUGAAGCUUUGAACAUCCCAUCGGAAGCUUUGCCUCUUGAGAAUGGUACGUACAAGGGAAAACACUCCUACACAUUGAACAUCCAGGGAGCUGUUGUCGAAACGUUGCUGAAGAACCGAGCCUUUGUUGUCAAGAAGCCGAUUGGUGGUGGUCCUGGCAGUGGGUACUCUGUCAUCUACGAAUCUACACUGGAUUCAGGAGAUUGGGAGAAGUUGGACUUUUUUGCGCGUCGCCGACGCGCCGUUGCUCUGGAUCGGGAGUAUGGGGGCGCAGAAUACGACCUCCUGACGGAGGAUAGCCAGGCUGUUCGAGAUGGCACGAUUCUUGCCUGUCGUGCGUUGAUCCUGCUGCUAGUGGCAUCGUGCCGUGGGUGCUGGUGGUGCUUGGAGCAGCCGAUCAGCAGCUGCAUGGAGCAUUUGCCAUGCUUCCAGCAUCUUCUUAGAAUUUUGGAGGUUCGGAAGUACACCAUGUCCAUGGCUGACUAUGGUGGCCCUACCGAGAAAAGAACGAUCAUUUACAGUAGUAGCAAUGCCAUAGACGACCUGCAGCACCACAAACAACCUCGACGAUUGCGACCCAAGGCCAUGGUGGAGCGUUACGUCGACUCCUCUGGAGUCUCCAGAGUGAAGGGAGGGGCUGACUUGCGUGCCAGCCAAGCAUAUCCACAAGGGUUUGGGCGCGCCCUUGCUGCUGUCCGUACCAGUCACUUGAAGCGGCACAAGAGGACAGCGCGUCGUUUCUUGAAGGAGGCCAGCGAGACAGAGAAUGUCAUGAACGAGCGGCCCAGGCUUAACAGUGCUUGGGUGACGGGCGCCAAUUUGAAGCCAGUGUUGGCUUUUCUUUCGAAAUGCAGGAGCAUGCCUCGCUUCGUUCUCAACACCAGGCUCAAAGUGGGCUCGAUGGGUGAUCCUCCCACGCACCGUGUCCGUGCAAAGGCAUCUGGCAGUAGCUCAGAUGACAAGGCAGGGAAGUUAAAACUCACUGAGGAAACAAAGGCUUCUUCGAAGACCAAGAAGAUCGUUGAGAAUGAGAAGAACGGCAAGACAGCUGCAAGCAAAGCAGAAGGGAAGAAGGAAGAAAGGAAAGAACCGAAGAGUGGCGACAAGGCUGUAAAGGAAGACAAGAAGAAUGACAAGAAGGUUCAAAAGGAACAAAAGAAGUCUGACAAGAAGGUUGCAAAGGAGGAGGACAUGAAGCGCGAGAAGAAGGUUGAAAAGGAAGGGAAGAAGAGUAACAAGAAGGUUGAAAAGGAGGAAAAGAAGAGCAACAAGAACGAUGCACUGAAGAGUGCAAAGAUGAACGGCAAGAAAGAUGGUGAAGAUGACAAGUCUUUGAAGAAGCCUGCCCUGGAUUUGAAAUUGGGCAAGCGAAAGACCGUUGAGAAAGAAGUGACAGCUGACGAAAAGCUCCGACAGGACGUUGAGAAGAAGAUGAUGGAAGAGAAAACCAGAAAGAAAGAACUGGAGAGGGCAGCGCAUAAGAAGACGUUCAAAAAGGAGGAAGAGAGGGUGAUUAAGAAGCAGAAAGAGUUGGAGGACAAGAUCAAGAAGAAGGUACAAGCGAAAGGUGGUGAGAAGGCCCAUGAGAAGGAGGAGAAAGAUGAUGGUGAUGGGGGCAAGACAAAGAAAAGAAAGGAGGAUGAGAUCAAAUAUGUACCGGUGAAGCGCAAAAUGAUUGAAGGCGUCUUCACACCUCCAACAAAGCGUCCUGCAGCCUCGCCAAGUUCCUGUGUGAGAGAGAUGGUCGAUGGUUUGGCAUCAAGUCGAGGGGACUGUGACCAAUCUGAUGACCUUAGCGAUCUCGAGGAAGAGGCGAAAGACGGCGCAUCAUCUGAUGCCCAAGGUUCUGAUGGUGAGAGCGAUGUUGGCGAGGAUGAAAAAGAUGAAGAAUCGUCUGACAUGGCGAGCGAGGCUUCUGAAGCUUCAGAGAAGGAAGAGGAGGGUGAAGAAGACGAAGCCAAAAGUGAUGACGAGGAGUCCGGUGAAGAGGACCCUGACCUUGAUGGAGAGGCCAUGAGCGAAGAGGAGGAAGCAGACGAAGCAAAGAAGGAGGAGGGAGAUUGUGAGGAUGAGGAAGAAGAAGACGAAGAAGAAGAAGAAGAAGAGCCGACGAAGGAAACCAAAGCGUUGAACGAGGCAGUGACAAGCACUAAGCUGCGAAACAGUGUGACGAACAAGCGUGAUUGGGAUACCUUCGUGCGCUCGAAGGAGCGGUUUCGCAUGACUGACUACUUCAACUCCAACAAAGUUGAACUCUUUAACUUUUGGUUGGACUCUGAGAAAUCGUGGGAUGCCUGCGCAUUGCAUGUGCAGCGUCUCCACGAAACAAAACACCAAUCCAAAAAAGGUUGGGUUGCCAUUCAGGGGCGUGAAUUGGUCACCAAGUACGGCGAAGACCGUGCAAAAGAGAUCAUGAACCGCCGUACUGAAGAGGGCAUGUACUACAAAGAUGACCUAUACCCCGACGACGCCAACGAAGUGGAUGAUGAGCUCAUGGGAAAACUCAUCGACCAAGAAGUUGGCGUUCUGAGACCAGGGGCCUUGCCAAAGGUCGAAGCAGCCACAGUUGGUGGCUGCUCAAAGCUCAUGACUGCUUUGACCGCAGACGCCAAGGUGUCAAACCAGAAGAACCCAAAGAAAAAGGAGGAGAAGUCUGAAGCUGCCAAGCCCAAGACGAUCCAAGAAGAGCUCAACCUCAAGGCUAGUGAUAUGGAACGCCUGUACAAGUCUUCCCACAAGGCGUUGAAAGAAAAGCAAGAAGAGAAGGUGUUGCGAGGGUACCUGAAAGAGGUUGAUGAGAGUGACAAGCAUUCUUCGAAGCUCCAGGCAGCGGCCAAUGCUUUCCUGAAGACCACCAAGCCUAAGAAGCGCAAAGGCACUGGUGGAAAGAAAUCCAAGACCGAGAAGAAAGCAUAG